AUGCAUCCCCAGUUUGACGAAAGACGUAUUUCCAAAUGCGGUAAACUUAUCGAGGCUUUGGAAGAAUGCCAUAGACUCGGAAUGAUUGACAGAAUAUUUGGUGCAUGCAACACUCAAAAGGAGGCCUUGGUUCUGUGUCUACGACAAGAUCGUUAUGACAGACAACGCGAACACCUGGAAAAGUCUCUUCAGCGCAACAAGGAAAUGAAACAAAAAUGGAAGAAGAUCGAUGAGGAGGAAUAUGGCCCCGGUGGCUAUCUGCGAGAAGUCGAGCAGAAGAAGAGAGAAGGUACUACUGCUACUUCUUCAAAUACCCAAGAGCAGUAA